AUGAAGGUUGAAGAACCUAUCAACACUAAAAUUCCGAUUAUAAAAGUCUAUAUGGAGUGGUCUGAUACUAAAAAUAUUAUUCUUGAAAAGCGAACCUUGGAAGAUAAGUUAAAGGAUUAUAAAGAAAAGUCUAGUACUAAACAGAAGGUUAAUGUAGCUUCUGGUUCACGAAAAGGGAAGAUAAAUGUGAUUAUGGAAGAAGAUAUCAAUCCUGUUCUUACUGAAGAAGAGAAGAAUUAUCAAGCUGCAAGGGAUAAAGAUCUUGAUCAUUCGAAGUCUCUCAAAGUAACUCUUGAUCUAUAA